AUGUCGAAAAUGCCCGAGCAUGGGAACGGUCCCUUUCGUGACUCGUGGAAGCUCGUCGCGAAAAUGCCCAUCCGCCGCAUCCAGGAUCCGAAUGCAUCGGAGGCCAUGUCCGGUCUCGUCAUUCCCUUUGCUGGAGAAAGAGACACCCCGAGGCGAGGAUGGGGAGGGCUCUUUGUGUCGGGGCUCGUCUCUCGUGGAGACGUUCGUUUCCCGCGCUCGUGUCGACUACCGUGUUGCCACAGCUGCAAAGGAUAG